GAGAAUGCAAGAGGUUUCAUGUUCUUUAAUGUUAUUUCUUUUUUAUUAUGACGGUGGUGAAAAGAAGGUUUCAGGAUCCUUGACAGGUUGUAACUUUUUAUUAUGGUCAUAAAAAUUGAUUAUUUAUAUGACUAUAAUAAGAAGCGUACAAAAACAAUAAUAGUUCGAUGAUCAACUACGUUUUUAGGCGAAAGCAGUUUUUUCAUGGUGAAUUUUUGUAGUUCAGCAACGUGUUUUACAAGGCCUGCAUGACCAGUAAACAAGCUUGUAGUAAAACCUAGCGUAAUUAAUGCAUUUUACACUUACUCGAUUUAUACAAAACUUUACUGCAUUCUUUCAUCACAGCAACAAAAUGCAGUGUACAGUUAGACACAUUCACACAGACAGACUAUUGUUGUAUAUCAAUUUAAAGGAGGGUCAUACAUAUUCAUGAAUUUAGCGGAGGGGAAUUUGUUUAUGUAGGUUUUCACCACGGACAGCCAGAGUUUUGCAGAUUUCCCUCACUAUUUCAGUUUUAUUGUGCAUUUAUUGUUGUCGCUGACAAACGCUACGUAUUUAAAUAAGUAGUAAUGUGUUAGUUAGUGCGGUGUAAUGAAACCUCCCCCCUCGCAGAGGUGAUUUGGUUCAGUCCGAUCUACAGCUCCAUCAGUCAGUCAGUCAGUCAGUGAGCGAGCGGGAGCUUGCAUGUGUUUAUGUGAGUUCUACUAGCCUACAACAGCAUCAAAGCUCAAAACAAACGUGCACUCGGCAUUUUAAUAAGCGAUAAUCAAAAUGAAGGAGCCAAUACCUGUGAGCAAAGCAUAUUGAAGAGAAAGAGGCUAGUGUGAGUGUGUGACUGUAUGUAUGUGGAUGAGCUUUCAUAGGCCAUGUCUGUCCCCACCAAACAAGAGAGGACAGUAUGUGUCCUCCUUCCCACAAAGGAGACAUUAGACAUCACAGUGGGGUUGAAAGCAACGGGUCAAGAUGUAUUUCAUCGUGUCUGCGAGCUUCUCGGGGUUAAAGAGCUGCACUACUUUGGAUUGACUUUAGUCAAAAACAAUGAGCACAUCUUUCUGGACUUGGAAGAGAAACUUGCCAAGUACUUCCCUAAGGAAUGGAAACAGGACUCAGGGAAGCAGGGGUCACAGAGGAGGUCAAUCCCUCCGCUGCUCUGUCUGAAGGUCCAGUACUAUGUGGAGAACGGCAGACUCAUCUGUGAGCGUAAAGCAAGAAAACUGUACUACUAUGAUCUGCGGGAACGUGUCCUGCGCUCAGAAUGCCGACAGCAGGAGGAAGUGUAUUUCCAGCUGGCAGGAUACGCCCUACAGGCCGAUCACUCCGACCACCCCUCAGACGGCCACAGUCAGGGACACGUUGCGUAUUUCCAACCCAAAGAAUACUUUCCACCCUGGAUAAUUGCGAAGCGUGGCAUUGACUACCUGCUGUGUCAUGGGCCUAAGGUUCAUAAAGAGCUGUGGGGGAUGUCCUCGCGUGACGCUAUCCUGCUCUUUAUCAGAGAAUCUUGCCGUCUGGAGGAUGUUCCAGUCACCUUUUAUCGCCUACAGAAGGACAAGAAAGAAGAGAAAGGUUCAGCACUCCUUGGACUCACUCUACGAGGAAUGCAAGUGUAUCAGGAGGUGAACAAUGUGCGUGAUCUGCUGUAUGACUUCCCCUGGUUUCACGUGGGACGACUCACUUUUCUGGGGAAGAAGUUUGAGAUCCAGCCCGAUGGUUUGCCCUCUGCGAGAAAGCUGGUGUACUACACGGGUUCGGCUUUUCGUUCCCGACAUCUUCUGCUGCAUUUAAGUUCCUGUCACCGAUUGUACCUCAGUUUGCAACCUGCACUCAAACACCUGCGGCAGCUUGAGGAGUCAGAGGAGAAGAAGAGGUACCGUGAAUCGUACAUCAGUGAUGAGCUAGACCUGGAUCAGCCGUGCAGCGAGGGCAGUCCCCGUCUGUCUCGACACUCCACCAGCAGCUCUGGCAUUGAGGCGGACACCAGGCAACACAGCGUCUCCGUAGAGAUGGUUUCCAUGGAGGAGAAGGAAAAGUCCUUCAUCUCUGCUGUCAGUCACGGCUCCUCACACACCUCUGGCAUCGACACGAGCAGCAAAGCUCGGACUGAUGAAGAUGAGUGGCAGGAGGAAGAUUUGCAGGAUGUGGUGAAGGAGCCCGGGGAGGUCUCUGUGGACGACCCAGUGGAUAUCUUGCGAUUGGCUGACUGUCCCACCAUCCAAUCAGACACUGAAUUUAAAGGUCUACAAAUGAGUUCAGUUACAGGGAACGAUCAAAUGGACCAUUGUGAUCCAGAUAGCAUGAAACAGGUUUCCAAUCAGAAGGGUCGUAACCCGGCCGACCGCUACAGUCUGAGCCUGGACGACGUGCGACUGUAUUCCCCACUUCUCCCUCUGAGAACGGCAUCGGUUCCAGACACAUCCGUCAGCUACACGUUUGGGCUUCCGCACUCCUCGACCAGUCCAUGUCCAGACAGUACUUCAUUCUGUGUCCAGCGCUCCACGAACUGCCUAUCUCUGGACCUGCUGGAUGAUAACCAGUUGCUGGAGCUUGUCCUUUAAGAAACUGAGAAGACUGCAGCUUCCUGUUGUCUUGUCAUUAAACUGGACAGAAAAAUAAAGACAAAACUGAGGCAUUAACAGGACACAUUUUUAUCAGGAAUUUCAUUAAAACUCAACCAAUGUGUUUCUUCAAGAGAGUAUGAACAAAUGUGUUUUUUUUUAAACAAUUUUUUACAAAUCUUCGGUCAUGUAGAAUUUUGUGUUGAACUUUCUGCAGAACGUGUUAAUGAGUAACCUUAAGAGAAGCAAGGCAUUACUACACUAACAUUGGGCCUUGAUAAAAUGACUUUAUAAAACCUUCUCUUCCAAGUAAAUUCCACAAUAAGCAACAGGAGUCAUCACCCACAGUGAACCUUCAUUGGUCCAAAUCCUGUUAUGCAUGGCAGAACUGUAUAUUAAACAACAAAACUAAACAUUUUCACAUUCAGGACAGACAGAUUACUACUUGUUGGUUCACAUCUUCUUAGGACAUGUUGUAACAUGUUAUGCUACAAAUAUUGGUUAGGGAAAGAAACUUUGGACCUCUGAAUUUCACAUUUGCUCUAAGAUGGCUUGACAAUGUCAAAAUUGGAGGAACAUUCUCUGAAUUACAUUAUGAAAACAGAUAGAAGCUACCAGAAAAUCCACUGAGUGCACAAAAACAAGUCCUGUACUCAUGCAAUAAAAUGCCAUGCAAGACUUUUAACUUGGGAGUUUGUCUGGCUAAUCAAUAUCAGUGUGCUUAAUCAAUAUCAAAUACGAUAAAAGAAUUCACAUUCUCUGUCUUUUUCGGUCAUGAUAAGGCACUGAACGUGCACCACCUGUUCUCCUGUUUCAAAUAAUAAUUGUGUACAGACAAUUCUCAUGUUCCCAACUUACAAAGCAUGUGUGAACCCGCUUAAACCAACAAUUGGAACCAAGUUAAAAGGUCAAACCAAAAUAUUCCAUGUCUGUUUUCUAUGAGAUCUAACCACUGGUUUAAUAUAAUAUCACAUAGAUCUUUACUACACAAGUCAUGUUGAACUGAGUUGAACUUUUAAGAACAAUAAGAACAAAGACUCGUUCGCUGUAUAUAGAUCCGUGUUUGUUUUGUUCUGAAUACAUGGAGCUCUUUUGUUUUCGAUAAUUAGAAAACUCACAUCAAGCCCUCAGGAGGUUGUGUAUAUAAUGGUGGGUAUAAUUUCUUCAUCUAUGUAUUGUAAACACACAUCCUAUUAAAAGCAUGCUCAUAUACAGUGGGUACGGAAAGUAUUCAGACCCCCUUAAAUUUUUCACUCUGU